AAGUGACUUUUGGAAAAGACUCACCCUUCGCCAUAUCUAUCACCCUUUAACAUGCCGACCCCCCUCGACCGAGCAGUGCAGCAACGUGGCCCAUUUUUCGCUUUCGCCGCCGUAGUUGCAGGUGUCGCAGCGUGGAGUAUCUGGGGUCAGGACAUCUUUCCCAGUCAAGAUCCUACCGGCGAUCCAGAGACAUGGACACAUGAUCAGUGUGUUACCUGGCUUAAGCAUCGAAACUUACAUCCUUCUCCUCUCGCGACAACGGCAGAGCUGUUGGAGCGGAUCAAAGCCAAUAUGAGGAUAUCCAGGGAGCAUGCGUCUGAGGAAUGAUUAUACGGGGAUGUCAAGUUGGGCUGCCUAAUAUCCUCACCUUGAGUAAUUUGGGCUUUGGACCGGGUAUAAAUUGCUAGCGGUGCCCUGAGUGGAUAACUUCUCGCAUUCCUAAAUUGAGGUCGGACAUAACUUAAAAUUGCUAGUAUUGUUGAGCAUACAUUACAACUUAUAGCGAGGUUCGGAUGAUAGUAUGAAGCUGGUAUUCCAAAGUAGCAAGCAAAUAUAUCGCAAUUGCAGUUCAUCCGCGGUUAAGAGUCAAACCAGGCAUUGCA